CGCGGCCACCCUCCAGCCCUCCAGAGGCUGACAGUUCAAUUUUGCGUUCAUCGAUGAAUGUGCUCAUGCAGACAAACAGUGCAUUCGAAUUGAAAAUGCCAUCGGAGAAAGGCAUUUAAUUUAUUGGCCAUUAUUAGUCAUUCCGAACCAGAUGUUUGAUAUUGUAUAAAACAGUUCCCUCGUUGGAAUACCAGUAUCAGGUGGUCCGACGGAUUCUUCUCUAUUGACUAUACGGAUCAUACGGAUAGGUUUUGGAAUAUCCAAAUGGUGUUAUAUUGUGGUGUCCUUAUGGCGUUAUAGUGUGGUUGCUGAAGAACGCAGAGGAGCAACGGUAUAGACCGAUUGGAAUAUUUCAGGUGCUCAAAGAUGGGUAAAAAAUCCAAGUUGACGAGGUGGUUAACGGGUUCAGAUUCAGGUCCAGACUUCAAGUCAAAAGAUGAGGUGAAAAAGGAAAACGAAACCCUCGCAGAAGAAUAUAACGGUAUAAAUCAGGAUUACAAAAAGUUAAAAGGAGUUAUAGACCAACUCGAGCGAGAAUAUGAGGAAAGUAAGGACUAUGACUUUGUACGUCGUUAUGGAAUAUUAAAGGGAAUGAUCAAAAGGACUGUUGUUCAUUUGAAGCUGUCAAACCAGGCUGAACAAGACGGCAAGAGUGGCCUGGUGACCAGCUGUAAGGAAUAUGCUAGGCAAAAAGAAGAAAUGAGGAAACGGGAGGAGAAGUAUUAUGAUAUGUCAUCUUCAGAAUUAUCAAAAGAGAACGAAGAUUUACAAGAGCAAAUAAAGGAAUGCAAACGGAAAAUAUCAAUGAUGGAGGACUUAAUUGAACAUUUAGAACGUGAUUAUGAGGCCUCUAAACGUUUCAUUCCAGUGCAACGAUAUAGACUAAUGAAAAAUAUGGUUAAGACCCUUACACACAAUAAAUACAUUUAGCUGAAUGUUCUCAUUGAAAAGAUUUUGUGUAAACCUUUGCCAGUCUGAAUGUAGAUAGUUGGGUGGUUUGGUCGCGGACUGCAUAACACUGGAAAGGGGCGCGACAUGGAGAUUCCACGUGGAGGAAUCGUCUAUGUGGUUGGUGAGGUGGGAUUUUUUCCAUUAACAUGUCAUCAUGAGGUGCGAUUGUCUCCAUAACCGUAUCUUCAUGGGGUGUGAUUGUCUCCAUAACUAUAUCACCAAUUGGUGCGAUUGUCUCCAUAACCAUAUCUUCAGUGGGGUGCAAUUGUCAUCCAUAACCAUAUCACCAUGGGGUGCCAUUGUCUCCAUAACUAUAUCACCAUUUGGUGCGUUUGUCUCCAUAACCAUAUCACCAGCACUGACAGAACGCCCACACCUUACAGGGCACUCACUGGCCAGCGUUCCUUUUAUUGAGAAGAUGACUUUCGACCUUAAUCGUCCGGCAAUGGAGCUUCUCUGUGCAAGGGUCAUCUUCUUCAACAAGCUUCAUAGGUUGUCAGUACUUUCGCAUCAUUAGCUUUUAAGCUUUAACAAAAUGACCUAGCUACAAAUUUGGCAAAGUCUUGAAAUUGGUUCUUGCUCCCAACCAACAUUCAGAGACAGCUUUUAAAACAUGGUUUACCUCAAAGAUUAUGCAUUCCACAAGAAACGUACUGAUGUAAGAGUUGCUUGAGCUUGGUGAUUGUCACUAUAGACUGACUCCACGGCCUUGUCUUGAACAAGGGAACUAAGAAAGCUUUUUAAAGUUCAGCAGCUUUUUUUAAGUCUUCGUACAACCUCCAGAUCGGUAUUGUAAUGCUAUGAUGAUAACCUUUACUCCGGGCCUUUUCUUUUUAAAUCGACCACAAUGAACAUGUGGGAACCGGGUCAAUUUUAUUUCUCGUAUUUUAGAAAAAAAUGAGAAUGUUGAGCCAUCUUUCAGGGCGGAAUCUAACCAAACGAUGCUGUGCGUGUAGAGGAAAAGCAUGAACGGAAUUUCGCAUGCCGAUCUAUCGGUGUUGUGCGUCGGUAUACCUUCUUCUUGUGAAGGCUCAGACUUUUGGAUUGACGCACUCCGCCAAUUAAUCGGCGUGGAAUUUCGACGUUAACUUAAUAUUUGUCACUAAGGUUCUAGUGUAACCUCUACUGUUGUUGAUAUCAGACUAUAAACCCAAACCUUUGUAAAUCUUAUCAUAGAGAAAGUUUUGACCAGUCAAACCGGUGUUAGGGGAUGAGAACAUUUGGCAUGAAGAACCACUCACGCAAGUUGAUCGUUUAUGCUUAUCUACUUUUGAUGCCGUAGGUUGGCCAAGAUGAUUACUGCCUUUUAAUGAAUAUUUUUGUAAUUUUCACCAAUAUUUCGCAGCUUGCUACAUGGUACAGCUUCAUCUUACGUAACUGUAUGACUAUGUGAUGUGUUAACGAGCGUAGUGUGUGUAGCAGUACUAAAACACUGGUAUUUAUUGCAAAAAAGACCGGGCGUCAAGUAUAUGUUUGAAAGUAACGGCCAUUAUACUGGUACCAACUUCUUUCCUUUGUGAAAAGUAGUCCCGAAUUAUUUAGUCAAGAGUUUUGGGAACAUUUCACGUUACAACGUUGCACUUCAAAGAAAGGCCCGAUUACAAGAGUGAGACAAAAGACAAAACAUUGCUACUAAUCAUUUUGUCAUUAUAAAUAUACCGAUGAUGCGAUCAGCGUUCUCGAUGAUACAUAGUUCCUCUACCGGCCAACCACGCCCUUGUGGAAUAAGGCCUUUACUGUUAUUGCUGGUUAGUCAGUGAUUGCAACUCUUUUGACUUCUAAACAGUUUUCCGAAAUAAUUGAAUAGCUACCAACGUAUAGGGGCUUUGCUGCUUCUACAACACACUGAUGCAAGCUGCACUCUAGAAAUAAAUGUUAUCCAUGAUGGGAGUUUCAAGUACCAUAGGGAUACCUUAAAGUUUUCUAAAAAAUGUUUUUUUACAGAACUCCUAUAGAUGUUUGGUUCUGUAAGAAAGCUAAAAAGACUGGCAUGUACAUGUACAUGUAGUAUGCCCGUAAAAAGUCUUGGAAAAUAUUGCUUUUAUAAGAGGUUAUUGUUCCUUAAACGAGCACAAGGUAUAGUAGAAUUUACGUCAGUGUAGUUUUCACUCAUAGUAUAUCAUGUUAAAUUUCUUACUUAGUUUUGUAAUUUCUUAUGCCAUGCUAUAAUCCCUCGUGUACAUAAAGCAAGAGUCACAUUAAUAUAUAGAUACAGACUCGUUCUUUAUUUAACAUGUUUUUGGAAUAUUAUCAUAUUUUUAUCUGGCCACCAAAACAUAUAUUGGGAAUAAACGGUACAUAUACGCCGAUAGAGGAUCGUGUUCUAGAGAAUUUAAGUAGCAGCAAACUGGGUAAUUUGUCACGCUUCCUUUUCGUGACUGUGUGUUUGAUAUCGAAAAUAGCCCCAUAGAAUGCCGCUGGCUAGAUUUUGAGGUGAGAACACUUCGACAGUGAUAUUGGUCAAAGAUCCUGGGUAUAACGGGGCGAAAAUUUACCUUGUAGAAAAAUUUUCAGGAACCAACAUCCUCAUUUUACUGCCUGUAUGAGACCGAAUUGUGUAUCGAUGUCAAUAACAUCUCUGUUGAAUAUGAUGGAGGAAUAAACACAUUGUGAUUUGCGAUGAAAA